AUGGACGUUGUUCAGCCACAUUUAACUGUGAGGACGUCCUUCAUCUUAAUACUUCUGAGCCUGCUCCAAAUGUCCAGCGGGUUAAUGUGUUCUGCUCCUUUAACUGUGGAGUUAAAAGAAAACAACAAAGUGGAUGAUUUUGUGGCAACGAUAACUAUGGAACAAGGGGUCACCCUGGAGCUCACGCCCCCCUCCAACAUCCCAUUCAAGCUCAUAGAAGACCGGCUGUUAGCUGCAGAGGUGUUUGACUAUGAGACUCAGACUCUACAAACGGCACUGAUCACCUGCACUAAGACGGAUUCAGGCGCUACGUUAAAACUCAGAAUUUUGGUAAUUCUGGAAAAUGUGAAUGAUGAACCUCCAGUCUUUGACAAAAGCCUCUACGAAGUCACUGUCAGUGAGAUGUCCCCUGUAGGAACAACAGUUGGUAAUUUUGCUGCCACAGACCCAGACAAACUAAACCAGCUCGUCUACACUCUGGCACCUCAAUCUCAAAACAGCUUUGGACUGAAGUCACCCAACGACCCAGAACUCGUCAUCAUGUCGGCUCUUGACUAUGAUAAAGUCAAAAAUGUUGAAUUGGUGUUGUACGCUCAGGACACACCAUUCACUGCCACCGCCACCAUCAUGGUCACCAUCUCAGAUGCGGACAACAGGCCACCGUGGUUCCAGCCAUGCGACAUGACCAACAUAGGAGCAACUGUGAUCUGCCAGAGUAAUGGAUACACUGGCAGAGUUUUGAUAAAUGAACAAGAGACCGGAAUAUUAAAGCUGGAACCAGGACCACUCUAUGCCACUGAUGGAGACACCGGGAUAAAUGAGGCGAUCACAUACACGUUUCUUAGUGGAAACAAAGACAAUCUGUUUAAAAUCGACGCAAACACAGGGAACAUCAGCAUGUUGAAGCCGGCCAAAUCUGAGGAUCCAAUCAUUCUGACAGUGAUGGCCACCCAGAUUACAAACAUAAAUCAGUAUGCCACCACCACUGUCACUAUCAGUGUUCAGGUGAAGAGCCUCCACCCUCCAGUGUUUCAGAAGACUCUGUACGAGGGGGUCAUCAGUUCAAUGGGCGCCAUGGCCAUGGACGGGGAUACGCCGCUGUACAUCCACGCUACAGAUCAAGACUACAGUGAGGUUAUAAAUCCUCACAUCGUGUACACCAUUACUGGGAGCAAUGAUUUCUCUAUCAUUAAUGGCUAUUUAUUCAUGACUAAGGAUCUCCCAGCCACCACAUUAAACCUACAAGUGGUCGCAACAGACACGUCAAACGAUGAAUCUGAUACAGCUGAGCUCACUGUGCAGGUGAUAUCAGGUCUCACCACCACCAGUUUCCCUUUGAGCACCACAAACAUUAUGACCACAACGCCCAUAGGGGAGUCCACCACCUACAGCAAGACCACUGAGGAUAUUGUGUCCACCACCAACCCAGUGACCACUGACAGCCCUACCUCAACUACCAUAAUCUCCACCAUACUCCCUAGUAUGUCCACUGCCACCGAAGGCAGCGUUUCAACCACUAAAGCCAGUAUGACCACUGAAGGAAGCGUCUCCCCUGCCAGCACAGCUCAUCCUCCCACAGUUAUCAUAGCAACAGGCGACUAUGAGCAGAAAGACAUGAUAGCCCUUGGUGUGACACUGGGUGUCCUGCUGCUUGUCUGUCUGGUGGUCAUCGGUGUGCUCAGCCAUCGCAUGAGGAAAGGCAAAGCAGACUGGAAGAAGAUCUACGAAGUCAACGUGUUUCGAAGCUCUCUGGGUCAAAGCUCAGGUGGUCUGAAGAAGGGUGUCCAAUACACCAAUGAGGCCUUCCAGAAUGAUGAAGAUGGUGGAAGCACAGGCUCUAGUGGCCCAGAACGGAGAGUGAGCAUGGAGGCCAUUGUUAAGUCUUCACUGCCACUGCACGCCCUCCUGCCAGAUGAUGCCAGUGAGGCGGGCUUAGACACGGCCGAAAAUGAGAAGGAGGUGAAACCCAUCCUGACCAAAGAGAGGCGCAUGGAGGAGGGAUACAAGGCAGUUUGGUUUAAGGAGGACAUCGACCCCAAUGCCAAGGAGGAGGUGGUGAUUAUCCCAGACGGAAGAGAGGAUGACAGUGAUGAGGAAGACGAACCAGUCAACAAAACCCCAAAAGUCAAUUUCGCUGACACAGAUCUGGACAGUGGACUUGGUGUAAAGAUGGGGGAUCAGGCUGAGGACUCAGAUGAUGAUGAAGAAAUGACCUCUGAUCUGUGA